AUGUGGUUUAUAAUCAAAACUAUUAAGCCAUUCCGGUUAUUCUCACCAAAUUUAUUUUGUAUAAUACUUUUUAUUACUCAAAGUGUCACUCCUUAUAGCAAUCCAUAUUCACAAUCUGAUUCAAGAAGCAAUUCACGAUUAUAUGAUAAUGGUUUUAAUUUUGAUGAUAGUUACAAUCCAGUUAAACAAAAAGAUGUUUCUCCUACUAGUAGUAUUACAAAUAAACCAUAUCAGUCAGAUAAAACCCAAGAGAAUAAUAAUCAAGCCCAACAAGUACCUAAACCACUCAAUACUGAUGGAUCUAUGGACACGCAGUUACAAACCACCUCUAUAGAUGUGUCUGGUGAGCCACCCUUAAAUGGAAAUUAUGCAAAUAUCGAUGACUCAUUGGCCUAUUCAAAAUCUGAUGACGAUAAUAAACAAAAAAAUGUACAACUAGAUAAUAAUAACAUUCCAGUUGGAAUAAAGGGUGUUUCUCCUACUAGUAGUAUUACAAAUAAACCAUAUCAGUCAGAUAAAACCCAAGAGAAUAAUAAUCAAGCCCAACAAGUACCUAAACCACUCAAUACUGAUGGAUCUAUUGACACGCAGUUACAAAUCAGCUCUAUAGAUGGGUCUGGUGAGCCGCCCUUAAAUGGAAAUGAUGCAAAUAUCGAUAAUUCAUUGGCCUAUUCAAAAUCUAAUGACGAUAAUAAAAAAAUUGUACAACUAGAUAGUGAUAACAUUCCAGUUGGAAUAAAGAGUGAUUCUUCCACUAGUGGUAUUACAAAUGACCCACAUCAGUCAUUUGAAAACCAAAAAUAUAAUGAAGCCCAACAAAUGUAUAAACCUCCUCUUAUUGAUGAAUCGACGAAUAAACCGUUAGAAAUAAACUCUGUAAGCGGUGCUGGUUUUCAAAAUCAGAUAAAUAUCAAUAAUCCAACAGGAACACAAAAAACAGAUGGAAAUGAUAAAGUAGUAAGCCAUAUUGAUCCGAGUAUUGACAAUCUACAAAAUAAACCUCAACCUGAUANCUCAAUACUGAUGGAUCUAUGGAUACGCAGUUACAAACCACCUCUAUAGAUGUGUCUGGUGAGCCGCCCUUAAAUGGAAAUGAUGCAAAUAUCGAUGAUUCAUUGGCCUAUUCAAAAUCUAAUGACGAUAAUAAAAAAAUUGUACAACUAGAUAGUGAUAACAUUCCAGUUGGAAUAAAGAGUGAUUCUUCCACUAGUGGUAUUACAAAUGACCCACAUCAGUCAUUUGAAAACCAAAAGCAUAAUGAAGCCCAACAAAUGUAUAAACCUCCUCUUAUUGAUGAAUCGACGAAUAAACCGUUAGAAAUAAACUCUGUAAGCGGUGCUGGUUUUCAAAAUCAGAUAAAUAUCAAUAAUCCAACAGGAACACAAAAAACAGAUGGAAAUGAUAAAGUAGUAAGCCAUAUUGAUCCGAGUAUUGACAAUCUACAAAAUAAACCUCAACCUGAUAGUAUUCUUAAUAGACUAUCUAAAUAUCCUAAAUCUUUGUUGAAUCGAAAUAAUAAACAAACGGGACAAGAAAACCCAGCUGAAGAUCAAAACGGAACUCAUAAUGAAAAAACUGUUGAGCACAUAGCUGACAGUAAUGUAUUUGCUCCAAAUAGUAAUCAGAACGAGGAUAUCACUAACCAAGAAGAUUUACCUUUUAACAGUUUACCUAAUAGUGUUGUUUCAAAUGAACAACUUCAGUCAGAUAACAACCAAGAGAAUAACCAAGCCCAACCAGUAUCUAAACCACUCAAUACUGAUGGAUCUAUUGACACGCAGUUACAAACCAGCUCUAUAGAUGGGUCUGGUGAGCAUCCUUUAAAUGGAAAUGAUGCAAAUAUCGAUGACUCAUUAGCCGUACUUUCAAAAUCUGAUGACGAUAAUAAACAAAAAAAUGUACAACUAGAUAAUAAUAACAUUCUAGUUGGAAUAAAGGGUGUUUCUCCUACUAGUAGUAUUACAAAUAAACCAUAUCAGUCAGAUAACAACCAAGAGAAUAACCAAGCCCAACAAGUAUCUAAACCACUCAAUACUGAUGGAUCUAUUGACAAGCAGUUACAAACCAGCUCUAUAGAUGGGUCUGGUGAGCCGCCCUUAAAUGGAAAUUAUGCAAAUAUCGAUGACUCAUUGGCCUAUGCAAAAUCUGAUGACGAUAAUAAACAAAAAAAUGUACAACUAGAUAGUGAUAACAUUCCAGUUGGAAUAAAGAGUGAUUCUUCCACUAGUGGUAUUACAAAUGACCCACAUCAGUCAUUUGAAAACCAAAAAUAUAAUGAAGCCCAACAAAUGUAUAAACCUCCUCUUAUUGAUGAAUCGACGAAUAAACCGUUAGAAAUAAACUCUGUAAGCGGUGCUGGUUUUCAAAAUCAGAUAAAUAUCAAUAAUCCAACAGGAACACAAAAAACAGAUGGAAAUGAUAAAGUAGUAAGCCAUAUUGAUCCGAGUAUUGACAAUCUACAAAAUAAACCUCAACCUGAUAGUAUUCUUAAUAGACUAUCUAAAUAUCCUAAAUCUUUGUUGAAUCGAUAUAAUAAACAAACGGGACAAGAAAACCCAGCUGAAGAUCAAAAUGGAACUCACAAUAAAAAAACUGUUGAGCAAUUAGCAUUAGCUGACAGUAAUGUAUUUGUUCCAAAUAGUAAUCAGAACCAUGAUAUCNACAUUCCAGUUGGAAUAAAGGGUGUUUCUCCUACUAGUAGUAUUACAAAUAAACCAUAUCAGUCAGAUAAAACCCAAGAGAAUAAUAAUCAAGCCCAACAAGUACCUAAACCACUCAAUACUGAUGGAUCUAUGGACACGCAGUUACAAACCACCUCUAUAGAUGUGUCUGGUGAGCCGCCCUUAAAUGGAAAUGAUGCAAAUAUCGAUAAUUCAUUGGCCUAUUCAAAAUCUAAUGACGAUAAUAAAAAAAUUGUACAACUAGAUAGUGAUAACAUUCCAGUUGGAAUAAAGAGUGAUUCUUCCACUAGUGGUAUUACAAAUGACCCACAUCAGUCAUUUGAAAACCAAAAGCAUAAUGAAGCCCAACAAAUGUAUAAACCUCCUCUUAUUGAUGAAUCGACGAAUAAACCGUUAGAAAUAAACUCUGUAAGCGGUGCUGGUUUUCAAAAUCAGAUAAAUAUCAAUAAUCCAACAGGAACACAAAAAACAGAUGGAAAUGAUAAAGUAGUAAGCCAUAUUGAUCCGAGUAUUGACAAUCUACAAAAUAAACCUCAACCUGAUAGUAUUCUUAAUAGACUAUCUAAAUAUCCUAAAUCUUUGUUGAAUCGAUAUAAUAAACAAACGGGACAAGAAAACCCAGCUGAAGAUCAAAAUGGAACUCACAAUAAAAAAACUGUUGAGCAAUUAGCAUUAGCUGACAGUAAUGUAUUUGUUCCAAAUAGUAAUCAGAACCAUGAUAUCACUCAUCAAGAAGAUUCAUCUUGGAACAGUUUACCUAAUGAGGCAAAAACUGCGUCAACUUUGUCCACUGAACCAAACGAUCGACAACAAUUAAAUAUACCAACAGCUGCUUAUGGCAAAAAUAAUGUCCCUAGUCUUCGAACAAAAAAACGUAGAAAACAACAAAAACGAAAAAAAAGUAAAUUGAGGAAUGAUAUAACAGGUGGAACGAAACUUGAUUUACAACAGGGUUAUCAACUAAACGAAAUCCUUGAAAACAGUAAUAAAGUACAAGUUAAAUCCACUGAAGGAAAAUUAGGAACUAACCAAGAUAUGGAAAUUAUUCAAACUUCCGGAAUUACUACUCAAAUGGAUAAUAAAGAAAAUCCAAUGUCUGCAAACAAUAAUAUAGAAAAUACUGGAGGACAAUUACUAGGAGACGUGAAUAAAGAUGGCACUGAUCAAGAACAAAACUCUUUGAAUAAAAUUCCAGUCGGUCUACCGAAUUCGCAUGCUGCAUCAAUAGAAAAUUAUAAUAACGAACCAUCACAAAAUAUUAUUGAACAAUCUCCUGGUAUUGAUUCAAACAAUCUUCAAAGUAAACGUGCAAAAAAACGUAAUCGACAACGGGAAAAUAGAAAAAAACGAUUACAGAGAAAUAUGAAUACUGAUCAAAAUAUUGCUGGAAAUAAUAGAGAACAAGAUGAUCAAGGAAUUGCACCUUCUAUAAACAAUAAUAAUAUGCAAGUUACUUACACUGAAGAUCAAUUAAGAAUAAUUGAUGAUAACAAAAUUGAUCAAAAUGUUAAACAGAAAAAAAAACGACCAAAAAAAAGUGCAAAUAGGUAUAAAAAUAUACAAACAGCUAAACAGAAAAGACAAAAAGGUGGUAAAAUAAAAUUCCAGAAUACUGAAAUUACUGAGCAGGAUAAUCAAGGAAAUGCAAUAUCUGAUAACAAUAAUAAUAUACAAGGUACAUAUACUGAGGAAAAAUUACUAGGAACCACAGAAGCUGUCGAAUCUGUUCAAACCUUGAAUCAAAACAAUGGUGGUACCAGUCAACCAGAAAACUCCUUGGAUAAAAUAUCAGUGGGCCUAUCUGAUAUUCAACCACAAAAAGUAGAUAAACAGACUUUAGUAAGUACUAAGUUAUGUUUAAAGUAUUAAUUCACAGCGUAAAAAUUUCGAAAAGAUAAGACUAAUUAAUUCACAGAAUGGAAUGGGAACCAUUGGAAGUUCAAUAAAUUCGCUCGAACCGAUAUUCAGACAAAAUGAAAACUAUAGAAGUAAUAACUCAGCGAAGAAUACAGAUACAAUUCAGAAUGAUAACACUGCAACAACUGAAAUAGUCGUCAGCCAAACUAUUAAUAAUUCUAACAAUCAAGUUUUCAAGAAAAAGAAUAAUAAAGGUCGUAAGUAUAACAAAGAUCAUAAUACUAUACAAAGAAAUAAUAGGUAUAUUUUUAUUAACUACUUUCAUAAACUAAUUUUGGAUCGUUCAUAAUACUAAUAUUGUAAAUACUUAUACAUAUUUAGUGUAAUAUAUUUACAACACUUACUAAAUUAUAUUCGUUAGAUUCAUUAUAUUCGUUAAAACCAAAAUAAAAUAUAAACACAAUAAUUAGAAUAUGGAGACUACGUAUAGGUUUUGCAAAUUUUCAGUUGUUCAAUAGUUCUACAAUAGUUUUUGAAAAUAACUAAAAUGUAAAAUAUAAAUUACUUAAAAAUACCAACUACAUGUAUAAUUAAUUUUCAAUCUGUAUAUAUGGAAGUGUAACAUUAUAAUAACAAACUUCAAAACCUUUUUAUUUCCCAGAUAUUUUUUAAGACAUAUUACAAAAAAAACCAUCAUUUAGUAAAGCAAAGAUUCUGUCACAGAAACUGAAAACUGAUUAUUCUUAAAUUUUGAGAAAAUAUCAAAUUCAUAUAAAUGAUACGAUUUAAUUUUAACUUAAUCUUCCAAAUUAUAUGUUAUAAUCAAAUACUUAUUUUUCAAAAAAUAACCUAUUUGAAAACUGUUUGAAAUUACAUAUUUAAAAAAUAUUGACAAUAUUUUUUAACUCUUUUAUGUAGGAGUGAAACUAUUACUACAUUUUGCGUUUUAAAGAGCAACAUAUUUAAAAAAUUACAUAAAUAGGUGAUUUUAGUUGAAAUCAAUUAUUUUAAUGUUGACAUUUUUAAUUUCAAUAUUAGAAGUACCUACAUAGAUCAUAGAUUUUAUAUUGGAUUUGUAUUUUAUUUCAAAUUUAUCAAUCAAACUGUUUUAAUUAUUUCUAUCUUAUUAAUUUAUAAAAUUUAUAUUUUUUUAGUACCUUUUAAAAUCACAGAACUUGUUGAAAACAUGCGCGUAUUUUGUACAUUUUUGGGUGAUGUGAAAAAAAUGUACCGCAAAGUGAGAAAACAUUUUGUCGGAGACCUAUGUCAAGCAGUUGUCUUUGGAGAACCAAUAAUCAUACACGAUCGUGAAAUAGUCUUAAACCCCGAAAGAGAUGGUAUUUUAUAGAAAUUUUUAGUACAAAUUUGAAACCAGUUUAACGCGGAAAUUGGAUAACUUAUUUUUUCAUCUGUUUAGCUGAACUUGAAAAUUUUCAUAAAAUAAAAGGAAAUGUUUCUCUCAUUGUUAUAAUUAAACAUCCAAGCUACGAAGCUUGGUCACAAGCGUUAGAUAAUAUGGAUAUACAAGCACAACUUAUAAUGGACUGGGUCAAGAAGUAUCAUAUUGAUGGGAUACAAUUGUCAAAUCUGCAACCUACGGUAUAUGAAUUAAUUUUUUAAAUAAAUUACAAUAUGGUAUGAAUUUAAAAUUGACGUAUAAUUUUCUAUAUGUCUCGUAAAAAUGCUAUAGGCACACGACCAGUUGGAUACGGAUAUGCUUUGUAAAUUAAUAAAAUUCUUAAAAGCACUCUACACAAUAGCGUUUACUGAUUUGGACCAUACAUUGAAAAUUGGCAUAACUAUCAGCUCGUACAGCCAAUCAAUUGUAUCAAGUAAAUAUACAUCGUUUCAGUUUAUGGUUAAAAUGAUUACCUUUAGUGUAUAAUUAAUAGGUGCCUAUCUCUAUAUAUCUCGUAUCUAUCUAAAACCAACACAUUCAUUUUUCUUUGGCAAUUAUUUUAUCGUAUACAGUUUUUGUCUUCUUCAUAUUCUUAGUAAUACUAGUAACCUUACCUAACUAAUAGAGGAAAUAAAAACAAAUUUAAAAAGUUGAUAACAUGGAUGAAAAACAAAAAAAAACUAUGCGCUGUACUCAUAGACAAUUAAGAAAUGAAUAGGCCACUCAUAUAACAAGUGAGGCGAGUGUUCCCGGAGGGGCAGUAAACUAAGACGAUUUAUUAUUCAUCACUACAUAGAUAAAAAAAUUGGUACCCAUCUACUGUCUACCAAAUAUCUAUUUAAAAUUAUACAUCUAUUAUAUUGAAAAAAUCAUCACGACAACUAACAAACGGAACACUGACGUUUUUAACUUCUAAUUUAUGGGACGUAUACCUACGAUUUAUAUCGGAGUUCAAGUGAAAAUGUGAGUUGACCUUCAGAAAUUAAAAAUUGAUAAGACCAGUGUUUUACUAAAAAGUGAAUAAUAUUACAUACAGUUACGCUUUAUUUCGGGAUAUUGUUGUGUUUAACAAUUCAUUAUAAUAUUAUACUGUGUACAAUUAUAGGUUUCAAGACGUUCAAGCAGUUAAACCAUUUGGUCAGUUGGUAUUCAAUUCACACGAUUUCUAUGUUGAAAUGCUCUACAACUAAUUUAGGGGGCACGUCACCGUUACUAGGACCAGUUAGCUUGGUAUGCAUAUUUUACUAAUUACAUACCUAGUUGAGUAUACGUACAUAGAUUAAAAAUACUACGAUAAAUAUAAUGUGAAAUAUUAUAAAUACUUAGGUGUGCGUUUGAUGUAUUUGUGCCAUAAUAUGAUACCUUGUUGUAUAGGUAUAUAAUCCAAUGUAUCAGUAUACUUUAUUUUUUAGUUUCAUUGACAUUUCAGCCUUUAAUGUCUUAAUAAUAAUUAUAUUCCCAAUAAAUGAUUAUAUUAUUAUAAUAACACCGCAACUUGAACGCAUUUAAUACACGUUAUCUUAUAUAAUUCAAGUCAUGCAUUAGUCUGUUCCAUGAACAGACUAAUCAGUGUGGUGCCUAUAUGUCAUAUAAAAUUAAAGAAAUGUUUGUUUACCAAUUCACAUAUUAGUUAUAUCGAUAUUUUAUUUAUCAUCUUAAUUCUCUAUACCUAUUUUUCUCUUUAUUGCACACAAUUUUAGAUUCGGAGCAUAGCUAGGGUCAUUAGUCAUUAGGGUGGUCAUUUUCUGAUAAGAGAGUCAUUUUUUGAUAUCUAAAGUAAUUUUCAUAAUAAUUGUUAAAAACCAAAAAGGUUUUUUUAAAUUACGGCGCAACGAUAUCAUUGUUAAAAAUAUGUACGGCUUAUGUUUUUCUAUCAGAAAUCUUAGUCCAAAUUUCAAGAGUGGCAUAAUUUCUGAAACAAAAUUUUAUCUGGUUUCUGAGUAAGAUAUUGGUUGUGUAAUUUUCCGUAGAGUCUUCCUAAUGACAAAACACAUUCCUACAAAACACAAGGAAAAACCAUAGAAAUUACGGCAAAUGGGUCUAUUGUUGUUAUUCGGUUAAAAAUUAUUGUAGAGACUUGUAAUUUUCUCAACAAAAUUAUAUUGGUCUUUGGUAGACGUGGUAAAAUUGUCAAAACAUUCUUACUAUUUUUAGAUUAUAAUGUUAUAUAUAGAUAUUUAAUGUUUUCGUGUUUUAUAUACAUUUUUAUUUAUUAGGUAUCUUCUAUUAAAAAGAGAUAUGCUUGAAUAUUUAACACAGCGUAAAUUAUCAGUUGUACACAUUGGUCUAAAAAAAAAAAUUUGAGUUUAAUCCAUAAGUUUUUUUUCCAUAUACGUUUUAAUAAGAUCAUAAUUUAUAUAUAUUAUAUUAAUAUUAUUAUUAUAAUAAUACACAAUAUUAUUAUAUUACUUAAAUAGUAUUUAUUUUUCGUUUUGAGAAAAAUUAAGAUUGGAUGAGUCUUUAAGAAUGUUAAACUAGUUAAAAAAUAUUAUUUACCAUUCGAUUAAAACUAAAAAUAGGUACCUAAACUAAGACAUAAAAUACAAGUAAUUUCGUACUACCUAAAUACCUAUUUGUAUGCAGGAUGAGACAAUCAAGGAACUAAUGAAAACCAAUAUAAAAAAGAGCAAAAUCGUGAUUGGUAUACAAUUAUAUCCAAAUAAAUUGGGUGAUUUAAAACCCUCGAGCUAUUAUCAAGUAAGUGGAUAUGAUAAUAAUUCAAUAAAAUACUAUUAAUAAAACCAGGGAGGAAAAAAUAGGAAAGCUUAACAUUUUUGCCUCUCUUUUAUAAUCAAAAACUGAAAUAACAUCCGGUAGAGUAUAUUUUUGUUUAUUACAAUAAUAUGCUGUUCUGAUUUUUUAUUUUUUUUUUAUUAACACGUAUAUAAUAUUUCGUUUUAAAUUGUAAUUUAUUUAGUCGAUUUGUACUGCCAUUUGGCCACACGCUUAUUUUUCAUAUUUCACUAUAAACAUUUAUUUAUAAUAUAUAGGUAGUAUGUUUCACGAAUAUUUACCAUUUUAGUGACGGGAGUAAUGUAAACACCAUUAACUUGAAAAUAGCGAAUUCUCGUGAAACACUAUCCAUAAUAUAUUAUAUGCUAAUACAUACCAUUAUUCAACAUUUCAUUGAAAGAGUUUGUAUUAUAUUAUAUGUUCCUAUAAAUAUUUACCUAAUUUUAGAUUCAGGGACGAAACUAUAUUGUACGGUACCUAUAUACCAGAUACCUAAUAUGUUUUACACAUUUUUUUCUACUUUGUAGAUACUACAUCGACAUAGUUUGCAGUGGCGUAUUUUUUUUUUUUUUUUUAUGGGAGGGGUGUCCUGGAGUUAAAAAUCGCAUACCUCAAAAAAGGUCUAUUGUUGUGUUAUAGCAGAUGUAAAAAAUAAAAAUCUAAAUCCAUAUAAUAUUUCAGUAGAAUUUUUAAAAAACUUAUUCAGGGGUUUGUAUACCUAUAACGUAUUAAAGCAUUUUAGUUCUAUCUAUUGUAUUUUGUAACGUUCACUUUCUUUUAACCGUUAAAUAAGAGAAAUGGCUACGUCAUAAUAAAACAGUCUUCAUAUUAUGAUGGUAAAGACGUAGUGUUUUCUUUAGUUAUUACGUCUGAAUACAUAGAUUAAAAUUUUAACCUGUGAAAUAAUGCUGAAAAUGCAAUAUUAAUAAAAAUAAAAAUAAAUACAAAAUAUAUAUUUGUAUAUGUUUAAUAUUAUAGUUGGUUUAAAUCGAAAUAAAAAGAACAAUUGAUAUAUGCCUUAUGUAUGGGUAUAAUUUCUAAACUUAGUUGGGGCCAGGUAAUAUAUUUACAGCUUAGAUUGGUUUUUCGUUUACCUUCACUGCCCUAUGAGUGGAGGUUGAUUAUAGUCGGUAUGCGCCGGUAUCAGCGUGUUAAUUGUAGUUGGCAGGAAGUCAGUAUUCAGGAUGUUUUUUUCGAUUAACUUUACUGUUCUGUGGUCAAUGUGUAGAUUUUAAAUAGUUGGGAGUAAUAAGGGCACCUCCACGUAAGCAGAUUUAUAAUUUCUAUAGCCAAGCCUGGAUUAAGAUAUUUAGAGACCCCGGGGCCAAAUUUUUCAACGAGGCUCUCUUUGAAAGAUUAAUGAUUAUUGGUUCUUUAAAAAUAUUUACUAAUCAACAUGUUUUAACGAAAUAAAAAUAAUAAAUAGUAUAUAAAUCAUAUAAAUCUCAAUUCAAAAGCUAGCUGUUAAUUCGAUUUUAAUUGAUGAACAACAUAAUUUCCGCUCUGGCCGUUCAACUACCGCUAGCCAUUUAGUUUUUACUAAUUAUAUAUUUGAUGCUUUUGCUAGCCAUUCACAAGUUGAUGUAAUUUACACAGACUUCAACAAGGCUUUCGAUCGUGUCGAUCAUCAUUUAUUCUAUAAUUCUAUUUGGCUCUAGUUCUGGUGAACCACAUUUGUCAUGAUUUAGCUCUUAUCUUCGUAACCGUAAGCAAUUUGUUAAUGUGCACGGUGUAAAAUCUGGUAUUAUUGAUGUACUAUCCGAUGUUCCUCGAGGUGGACAUCUCUCCCCCUUGUUAUUUGCACUGUUUAUUAAUGAUAUUUAUAGUUCUAUCGUUAACUGUCAUUUCCUUCUUUUUGCUGAUGACUUAAAGUUGUUUUUUAAAAUUAAUUCAACGAGUGACUGCUUAUUUUUCCAAGACGAUCUUAAUUCUUUGGUGAGAUGGGCCAAUGGUCAUAGGUUGGAACUCAAUAUCUCUAAAUGUCAUUCGAUAUCUUUCUAUCGUACUCGUGAACGUAUUGAUUAAUCUUAUGUGAUUAAUGAUAACUUAUUGUUAUUUGCGGAUAUUGAGAUUGUUGAUUUGAGUAUCUUAUUUGAUCGUGAAUAACUCACGAUCAAAUAAGAUACGACGUAGCAAUUAUGGUCAUUUGGAUAAAAUCUGUUGUAGAGCUUUGAAAACUUUAGGUUUUAUAAAAAAAAUGUAUAAUGAAUUUAAAUUAAUGACUCCUAUUAAGUCUUUAUAUUGUGCCUUCGUUAGGUCGAUUUUGGAAUAUGGAGUCAUUGUGUGGAAUCCUAAUACCUCUUGUGGUAAGAAUCAAAUUGAGCGUGUCCAACGUAGGUUUCCUAACUUUAUAGCAUAUAAAUUAAAUAUCAAUCAUCCACCACAUGACUAUUUUAUGUUUUUACAUCGGCUUGGCAUGAAUAAUUUUGCUAAUAGAAGACUUGAGCUUAAUUUAUUUUUUUCUGCGACGCUUUAUUGUUGGUGUUAAUGAUUCUCCCGAACUAUUCAAACAAAUCAAUUUUAAAGUCCCAAUCUUCCAUGGCCGUCACGUGUAUUUGUUUUCUUUACCUAUAUGCACCACCAAUUAUUUGAAAAACCAACCAUUAAAUAGAGUAUAGCAAAUAAGGAUCCAUCAACUCUAUUGGACUAAAUGUUCUUGUAUGUGUUAUGUAUAUUUUGUUUAUAUUAAAACUUGUAAUUGGGUAAAUCCCAUAUUGAAAUAAAUAAAUAAAUAAAAACCAUCCUAUGACAAAAACUGAGGCCCUGGGAGUCUGGUAGUCUAGAGGCCAUGGCCCACCCUGGACCCCUCUUUAAUCCGGACUUGCCUUUACCAAUUUCCAAUAUCGCUCGCAAAGAGCAUAAUAUUUAUAAUGUCAUCGAGAAGAUGAAUUAUUCUGCACGUAAAACCGCAUUCUUGACCCGUGAGAAUAAUUCGAAAUAAUGCCUUUUUCUCAGUCUAUCGGCUGAUUAUUUAUCAUCUUGGUAUUUUCGUUGAGAUUUUUUUUUAUGUAUAAACUAGUUUUACAUUUAAUAUUUGAAUUUCCUCGCCGACUGUUGGUCCCCUCUCGUUCGAUAGAUAUUCACGAAACUAAAUAGUAUAAACUCGUCCCGAGGUUGGGUGUUUAUGUGCAAAAGGGUUGAUAAACGAUAAGCUUUAGUCUCGUAUCAUGCGAUCUAUGUAAUGAGCAGCGCGGCUUGCGCUGUUUGUAAAUGUCGCCGCAUGCGCUAUGGUCAUGAAAAGCUUUAUACAAUGUUCAAUGAGCGUACAAAUUGUUCCAUUAUAAUUAAUAUUAUAGAAAAGGAUAAAAUUUAAAUAGCUUACUUAUUGUAUACUAACUAAACCUUUUAAUAUUAGUAUAUUACUUUUAUUUAAUUUUUUAAUCUUGGUCUAUAUUAGCUAACUUAUUUGAGAACUCUUGUUUCCUACUCAAGCUUUGCUUUUGGAAACAAAUUAUUUUAUAUUUAUAUUUAAUUUAAAAACUCUGUAUGAUAUUAUGUGAAAUAAUAAACUACUACUACUAUUUCUAUUGUCAAUCUGUCAUAUUAUUUAUAAGACAAGUUGUCAUUAAAAAAGAAAAAAUCCAUUAAUAAUAUAAUUUUAUAAUAGAUUUAAAAUAAAAUAUUGAUCUUUUAUAAUAUUAACAUACUUAACUAUUAUUAUUUUAACCGGGUACCUACGAUCAAUACCUACCUACGUAAUAACUAGUAAGUAGUAUUUUAUUUAGAGGCAAAUCAAACUAUCUAGUCUCGUCUAUUUUUCACAUCAUACACAACUUGUACUUUGUAGUGAUACAUUUCAUAUGUAUUUAUUCGAAAUUAACUAUAAACAUUAUUAGGUAACCAAAGUGUAAUUAAAUUAAUUUCUCGUCACAAGAUUACAUAAUAUGACUAUUGAGUAAUUGUAUCAAUUUCAAAAUUUAAAACAAAUGCUUUGAAUCAUUUCUAAAAAAGUAAAUCAAUUUAAGGUUAAUAUGUCAUUAAUAAUUAUAGUCUGAAGAAUAGGAGAAUUUAUGUACAAUUAUAAAUUUAAAUAUUACCUCCCGAGCCAUGGAGGUCUAGAUAGGCCUGCGGGUAAAAUCCAUUUUAACCUAUGGUAUAAUAUUAAUACAAAAAUAACGGAUUCGGAUGUUUUUUGGACACCCCUUACAAAUGUACAUAUGUCUGUUUUUAUACAAUACGCCACUGUUGAAUUUAUAUUGAUUUAAAAAAAUUACACUUCAAUAAUUUGAACUGUUACAAUAUUACUAAUAGUAUAUGAAGAUUUAGUUGAUCAUCUAACCUGAACCUGUUCAAUUUAUUUGUGUGUAUACUUUUGUCUCUGCGUUUGAACGAACGCACACAUAAUAAUAUUACUUUAUUUAACGUAAUCGUUACCGAACACAUAAUCCUCGUAUUAAUAAUAUAUAUAUUGUAUUGUUCUAGUAUUACGUACACGACUACACGUUGCGUACGUCACGUUUUAAUUCCAUGUUCACGCAUCUGCAGCAUUGCUUUUCGUAUUUUAUUACCUAUACAUUAUGUUUGUUUUAAAAAAAAAAAAAAAAUAAUUAGAACAAUUUAUAUAUUGUUAUGUGCAUUGUAUAUGAAUUAUAUGACAUGUGUUUGUUUAGAUGUGUGCGAUUCACCAGAAGAAUGGAGUAAGUUUUGAUAAUUGGUGUGCUGCACGACCCGAGGAGUACCAUUCGAAGGUAGGUAUAAUAAUGUGAUAUGGUUGGAAUAUUGCACCAUACGUAUGUAAUCAGAAAUCAUUCGGGAGCAAAACAGUCAAUAAUGGCUGUAGUUUUUUGAUAUUUAAAAAAAAAAAAAAAACACAAAUUAUAGAGUAUUGACAAUUAUAGUCAACUAUAUAUUAACAACUAGCUGUCUCGCACAGCUUUGCUCAUACACGGUAUUAAAAAAACAAAAACAAAUAUGUAUAAUAUAUAUAUAUUUAAUUUUUCCGUGUUUAUCCGUGACUCGCCGUUUCCACUCGCAUAUCCCUAUCACAGUUAACCUUUGUUUCCCGAUAAUUUAUUUAUUUUUAAUGAAAAUUUCUUGCAUGUUUUUUCAUGAAAAUUAACUAAGUAAUUGUUUUUUUUUCAUCUUUUUUCACCCCAUAAAUCAACAAUUAAAUACAAUUUCCGUACCAAAAAUACCAAAAAAAAACCUAUGUGAGCCAUCCAUUUUCGGAAAUUCGGAUUUGAUUUAUUUUUGUCACGUUGACCUUAUUUUCAUACUUCAAUACCUAACGGAUGUCAUCACGUGUGCACUUCGCGGUCGUCGAUGUGACUGACGGUAUAAAACAAGGAAUUUUUUUUUUGUUUCAAGAAUAAAAGUAUCGACCUAUUCUUUGUUUUUUCGCUAUCCACCAUACAUGUGUCGGGCAAUAUCACCUUCAGACUUAAUAUCAUUCAAAAUACGGUAUAUAUAGACCGUCUAGCGUCCCACCAAAUUUCGGGAAUCCUAGGAGACCUAUAUGCAAAGAAAACAAUAAUAUUAAUAAUUAUAUCAAAAUGUGUGUCCCAGUUGAGUUCUCUACCUCCAUAUAUACGAAUACUAAAUCACACUCGUGUCAGAGGAUAGUGCUUUACUAUAAUUUAUUAUAUUGCACCAGAUCGUAUUACCCGAGUAGACGCUUUGGAAAUCCGACGAUAUGGGUUUUCUCGUAGAUAUAAACUAGAUCGAACUUUUCGAGAUAGGUAUGCUUAACGAUUAUUUUCCCGUAAUCCCCCACACUCCCUUUCAAGUAUAUAGGUACGUCGGAAUACUAUAUAGAAUUCAAUAGGGGAAAGUGGAUUAUUUGUCCGUGUAUUUUAACGAGCCCUGCUUGCACUUAAACUAAAUCAAUAUAGCCUAAACUUUAAAUAAAUUAAAGAUUUGCGAAAAGCUGCACAUAAUAUAGUAUUGUCUAUUAUAGACGUAUAAAUCACAGAGUAUAUAAAGAUUUAAAUUGUAUUAAAAUAAAACUAUAAUAAUUCCGGGGGAAAUCUAGGUUCAUAUAAGACUUACCUGUAGUAUUACCUACCUACCUAAGUAUUUUUUGAUAUUUAACAAAAUAUCCAAUAUAUCAUUUCUACUUUAGAACAAAAUUGUUGGGCUUCAUCGCAUUAUUGUAGUCUCGCAAUUGUGUACCAAAACGAUAAAUCUUACCAAAACCACACUACUGUAUUAGAUAGACUACAGAAUACACUUAUUUGUAGAUAUAAUAAUAUAUCUACAAUAAUAAUAAUAAUAUAAAAAUGGCAAUGUAUCAAUAUAAUGUUACAAUAUAUUAUUAUUAAUCGAUUUAUUAUCAGAUUUCAAAUAUUACCUUUAUAUUAUAAGAAAAUAUUCACAUUUUAGUUUUACAUAUUAUUAUAUAUUUAUACUCGUGUAUUAUUCCCUAAUAAUAACUAUUAUAGGCGCGUUGUGACAUAAUAUAAAAGAACAACCAAUUCAAUAAAAAAUUUCACAUCGAAUUAUCCACAAAUGUAUGGAAAAAUAUUUCAUAGUUAUGUAAAAAAAAAACAAUUAUUAUAAUAAUUUAUUCUGCUUUUCACACGCCUUAACUCAUACUUUGAUUUCGCAAUAUUGCGUGAAUAUUAAAUAUUUGUAGGAAACAAAUUGCAUAUAAUAAUAUUAUUAAUCAUGUAAACUGAAGCAUAAUGGUUGAUAUUUUUUAAAACGCUUGGAAUACAAUGAACGUAGAGUCAUAUGAAGCCUAUAUGAAAACCAAAUGAUUCGAUUUCAACUAUAUGUAAUAAAAGAUGUAGCGAGAAUAAAUGAGGCGAGGAUACAUUUUAGCCCUUAUUCUAUUUAAUAUGUAUAUUGAUUAUUGAAGAAAUUCUAAAAGAAAUAUAAUAUGAAAUGCAAGUGAAAGUUAUAAUAGGUGGAAAAAAUGAAAUUGCCUUUCGAUUUGUGAAGAAGAAAAUGAUUUUGCAAAAAAAAAUGCGGAAUGAAGUUAAACAAAAAAGAAGACCAAAGUAAUGUUAGGUAGCAAAUUAGAUAAACAAAAAAAUGGCUAAACAUAAAGUAAAAUAAAUGCGCAAAACUUUGGUAUUAAAAAUAUUUACAAAUUAUGAGUCGUUAAUUUUUUGAAAUUUGUUGACGAUAAUUUAUUUAAAUCGUUUUUAUUGCCACUACUAAAUAAUAUCAAUCAUUUACUAAUUGAUCUAUGAAAAUAAAUGUAUUAAUGAUUUUCGUAAACUUCGAAAAAUUGUAGAUAUUUAAUGAUUAAUCAUUAGUAAAUAUUUGUAACACCAACAUUUUGUUUCAAAAUAUAUUUAUAAAAUGGCUAUCUUAGAGUUUAUAAAACAAAUUAUAAUUAUAAAAAAUUUAAAAAAAUAAUAAAAAAUAAGCGGAACCAUAGGGCUCUAAAAACUAUUACCUACAGAAACUUUAAAACUUUAAAAUAUUGAACAGAACGAAUGUUAUUUCAGGUAUCAGAUCUUCGUAUUACACCUUCAUAUCACACCAAUGUGCUAGUGAAUAUUGAUAUAUUUUACCGUUGAGGGAGCCAAUAUUCACUAGUGAAAUUUUACCUCUUGAUAGUUUACCAAGAGGUAUAAUUUUCUAGUUCAUAUUUUUGUCACAGUGGUAAUUAUAUUUACUGGUUAAAUUUUACUGAAGGGUAAAUUUGCACGGUUACACCGGCAAAAACUACGCGAAAUACCACCGAAAAAUGCAUAAGAUAACCGAUGACAGAUUAAUUAUUAUUAUUUUAACGCACGUGCCCCAAACAGGGUCAUUACUUGCGGGACCUAGAAAUCUGGGGCGUUCAAUUGUACUAUAUGGAAUCCGACGAUCACAAGGCACAGUGCCAGUGCCAUUCAUUCCCGAUGAUCCGGGCACUUCUCCGAGGAAUGGCAGCCGACAAUCAGACUCAAGAAUAUUGCACAUAUUUGGGCAACGCAAGCGUAUUACCGUCGCAAUGUUCAUACGAUGAAUCCGAGUUCGAGGAUUCCCCUAACCAAGAACAACUGUCGCCGUUAAAUUAA